AUCCACCCUGGACAGCGGCGUGCAUCUUCCACCCGUGGAUAUUAUUAUUAUUAUUAUUAUUAUUACUGCCUUGGAAUUCUUACCACAUCUUUAUCACUUGUACAAUUUUGUCGCCUUUUUUAUGGGAUCACUGCCCGCUUCCCCAUCUCUUCCCUGCCCUCCUUACCCGCGAGCAUCAUCCUUCGUCGGAUAACUUUUCCACCGUGAACCGAAGCCCCACGGUCCCGUACGCCGAUCCCUCCCCCCGGUUGCAGGUGGUUGAUCUCUCGCCAAAAGGGGGCUCUUACAUGGGGCGCGCGGUGUCAUUUGGAAAAUGCUCCGCAGUCGGCGUGUGAGCGCCCCGCGGAAGCAACCGGGAUCGGAGUUGCUGUCGUCGGCGCGCGUCUCUCGGCGGUGCCGCCGCCGCCGCAGCACCAGCAGCCAGUGAGCGGCGGCGAUGGUUCUCCCCGCAACCGCGGCGGCGGAGCUCGGGCGUCCGCGUCGCUGGAGCGUCGUGACCGGAGGCUGGCUCCGGAUCACGCUGCUGUCGUUCCUCGCCACUUGGCCCGUGGAGCAAUUGCGCGCUUUCCCGUCUUCCCUCAGCGACUGCCAGACGCCCACCGGCUGGAACUGCUCCGGUUUUGAUGACCGAGACACGGACCUGUUUUUGUGCGACACCAACACAUGCAACUUUGAUGGCGAGUGCCUAAGAAUUGGAAACAUGGUGACUUGCAUUUGUGACUUUAAGUGCAACAAUGACUAUGCUCCAGUUUGCGGCUCCAACAAUCAAAACUACCAGAAUGAGUGUUUUCUGCGUAGAGACGCCUGCAAGCAGCAGUCUGAAGUGCUUAUUCUGUCGGAGGGCGCCUGUCCUGUGGAGGCUGGUUCGGGAUCCGGAGAUGAUGGAGGAGAGGGCUCGGCGGAAGCGGGUCAGAAGGAAACAUCCACCUGCGACAUUUGCCAGUUUGGGGCUGAGUGUGAUGUGGACGCAGAGGAUGUGUGGUGCGUUUGCAACAUCGACUGUUCCCACAUCAGCUUCAAUCCAGUCUGUGCCUCCGAUGGCCGUUCCUAUGACAACCCCUGCCAGGUGAAGGAGGCCUCCUGUCAGAAGCAGGAGCGCAUUGAGGUCAAACACCUGGGCCACUGCCAAGAUGGAAACAAAGGCGGAGGUGGACAUUUCGCACCCACAGACAUCACCGGAAAUGGACAGGCAGAUGGCCUGUACACCCCCUGUCCAGAUCUCUACAAGAAUUAUUGUGUACAUGGAGAGUGUCAGUUCCCCAGUAUACCUGCCCAGCCGUCAUGCAGUUGCCACUCAGGUUUCAGCGGACCCCAGUGUGACACCAAAGAGUACAACGUGCUCUACGUGGUCCCGGGCUCUGGAAAACUGCACUACGUUCUCAUCGCCUCCAUCAUCGGAGCACUGCAGGUGGUCAUCAUCUGUGUGGUGGUGCUCUGCAUUACGAGAAAGUGCCCUCGCUCCAACAGGAUUAAUCGGCAGAAGCAAAACAAUGUCCACUUCAGUACCGAGAACACCAUGCGCGCCUCCACUCGACUUAUCUGAGCCCGUCGGACAGAAUAGCCGUCCACUUUAGGGAAGGCUUGUCUUCUUAAAUGUCCCCCUCUCCCCCACACUUUGUAGAGCAACCCCAAAAAAAUCUAGGAUCUGCUUCCCCCUUGUGGCUGGAGCCUCUUUCUCACUCUGCCGGUAUGAACGUCCAAGAAUCCCCAUGGAGCAUGGGGGGUACAAGCAAAGACAGAGCUGGCACACCACUGACUGUGAGAUUUACGCACGGAGAAUGUGGACAGCGUCACUUUAAAGGUCUUUCCAUAGAACACCAUGAGAACACAGGGUGAAUUGGUGAGAAGGGGUUCUGUGAGAAAACUGAAUGUGAGUAUGUAUGUGUGAGUGUAUAUUAGAUGUGUGAGUUUUGGUAGAUGCGGGUUAGCCAGUGUCUGUCAUUUGUAGGCGAGGGGGCAAAGCAAAUUGGGGGUAGUG